AAAAAAAAAUAAAAAUUUAGAGGCGUAAUUUUAAUUUUUAAGAGUAUAAUAAAAAUAGAACACGUUAUGAUCAUUGACAUUAUAUGCGCAAUCAACAAUUGCCACGGAUGAGUGCGCUACUCCCUCUAUCAUAUUAAAAGUGGCUCAAUUCCCCUCGAUUUCCGCAGGAGAAGAAUACGUCACGUUAUCCCCACUGCUAUUGCUACAUUAGGCAGAGGCACGCCAUGUGACAUGAUGGGACGCUUGGCUUUGGUGGAUGCCUAGUGACGUCACGUAUUCUCCUACCGCAAAAAUUCGCCGUGGGGGAAUUGAGCCUUUUUCCAAUGGUAGAGGGGAUAACGUACCACGCUCCGGCAACUGUGUGCGCACUAAAAGUGCGCAAUGUGAUGUCAACAACGCGUGUGUAUAAUGUAAAUCGUGCCUUUUACGUUGCACAUAUUAGAAGAAAUGUGCAUAUUUUAUUAUUAUUCCUGUAUUGAUGGCGUGAUUUUUUAAUAUUUCAUUCCUUAUUAAUUGUGACAAAAUUGAAAUACAAUGGCUGGUCAACAACAUCCAUUUCCAUCUGGAUUUCCUAAUGUACAACAAUCUGCAAUGAGAACACAAUUUGGUGGAGGUCAAAUGGUAUCUGGAUUAAUGGGGCCUCAACAAGGUGGUAUGGUAAAUCCGCAGCAAUUUGGAGUUGGUGUAGGAGUAGGAGUAGGCGUAGGUGGAGUUGGAUCCAAUGCUAUGGGUAUACCUAGUGCUCAACAAGUAUUAGCACAGCAACAACAACAACAACAAUCUGUUGCAAUGCAACAACAAGUACAACAAAUGCAACAACAACAAUUACAAUUACAACAACAACAACAAGCUGCAAUGGUGCAACAAAGUAAUCCGACAGGCAACCAAGCUACGACACCUCAAACUCCUGUACCACCUACUCAACCACCACCUCAGCAACAACAACAAAAUAAGGAAUUUAACACUGCCAGUUUAUGCAGAUUUGGUCAAGAAACUGUACAAGAUAUUGUCAGCCGCACACUGGAAGUUUUUCAAACAUUAAGACUUCUUCAACCCCCAACUGGUACAGCGCAAGGAGCAAAUUUAGCUAAUGAAAGGAAGAAUAAAGUACAGGAACAAUUAAGAACUCUUAAAUUAUUAUUUAAACGUUUGAGACUGAUUUAUGAAAAAUGUAAUGAAAACUGCCAACUUCAAGGUAUGGAAUAUACGCAUAUAGAAAGUUUAAUUCCUUUAAAAGAAGAAUGGGAUAUGAAAUCUGAUGAGAAAAAAACAUCUGAAGCUUAUAGAUUAGCAUGUGAAGAAAGUAAAGAAAUUAUGGAACAAGUGGUGUUAAAAAAUAGGCACCUUAAAGAAAUUAUUGAUCAUUUAAGACGCAUUAUUUCAGAAAUAAACACUAUGUUAAAUAUGCGUCGAUCUUGAACUAUAAAAUGUAAAUAAUAUUUAUAUAAGUUAUUAAAAAAAC